AUGGGCAAGAAAGAAGGGUGUUUUAGUUGGGAAAGUAGGCUGAAUGAAGUUGUUAAUUGCUGUUUCAGGUUAGGGUCUCAAUUAAUUUCUUAUGAGAUCUUCUUUUAUAGCGGCAGUUGUCGGUUCAAUACUGGUGUGGUUUCUGAAGCAAUUGGCUUGUUGGAAGAGGCAAUGCUUGUGAAAGGGAGGAAAAUUUACUAUUGUGAGAAAGGGUCCAGAGAUGAUUGGAUGAAUUUGGAGAUCACAAGGCUAAACAUAACCUAUUAUAUUAGGUGGAUCUGGAUUAUUGUGUCUAAAAUAUCUGGAUCAGGCUGGAAAAAGAGCUUUAAGGUAUGUACUUGGCGUGAUAUUUGCUACAAAGAUGUGCUGGUGAAACAGAUGUUUCCAGAUAUUUUUGAUCGCUGUUGGCUGGGAGUGCUGGUGAAAAUGGUUGUUAUGGGAUGGUUUGGCAGAAGUAUCACAUUUCGAAUUAAGAGUCUGAGAGUGCCUAUGAUAGUAGCAGCACCACAGGUUUGCAUCCUGUUGCCUACAGAAAUGCAAAGUGAACCUCUGAAAAUAUUCCUGUACUACUCUUCGCCUUCGUCUAAAAGGCGAAAGCUUGUCCACAUGGAUGUGUGCAUCCAUCCUUAUCCUCAAAAUGUUAACUUGAAGCGCAGGCAGAGGCUCAAGCCUAUCCAUAAGAUUGUGGAAAAGCUUCUUAUUGCAGCUGUGGCUGAUGCUGAUGUUACUGUUCGACAUUCUAUUUUUUCCUCCCUGCACGGAAAUGCAGAAUUUGAUGAUUUUCUAGCACAAGCUGAUAGUUUGACUGCUAUAUUUUCUGCUUUAAAUGAUGAGUUUACCCUGCUUGUAGGGGUGGAAACGAUGCGUGCCAAGUCAAUAAGUGGUUGCUUAGGUUUGGCUCACUACAUUUAUUGUUAUGCUCGUAGCCAUGCCCGGGAUAGUGUGUAUGGCUUUAAUCAUGAGAAGUUAGAGGUAAAUGACAGAAUCAGGAUCAAGCUCUCCUUGAAGGAAUUGGAUUACUACUUGGCAAUUCAGGCAAUUUUGAGGCUUAUAUGGUGCGGAAUCCUGUCGCAACCUUCUUGUGAGGAUCUUGAAAUAAAUGUCAUCUGGUCUUUGCUCAGAAAUAUUUCAAAGUUUAUGGAUUUUGAAGUUCGGGAGUAUGCAAUAUCAUUGGCUGGGAGAUUAUCAGAAAAGAAUCCAGCUUAUGUCCUUCCAGCCCUUCGUCGCCAUCUUAUUCAGUUGUUAACGUAUCUAGAACACAGUCCAGAUAGCAAAUGUAGAGAAGAAAGUGCCAAAUUGUUGGGCUGCUUAAUUCGCAAUUGCGAACGUCUAAUACAUCCUUAUAUUGCUCCAAUCCACAAGGCACUUGUGGCAAAACUUUGUGAGGGAACUGGGGUGAAUGCUAACAAUGGCAUUAUUAGUGGAGUUCUUGUCACUGUUGGAGAUCUUGCUAGAGUGGGUGGUUUUGCUAUGAGACAAUAUAUUUCACAACUUAUGCCACUAAUUGUUGAAGCUUUAUUGGAUGGAGCUGCUGCCACGAAACGCGAAGUGGCUGUUGCAACUCUUGGUCAGGUUGUCCAAAGCACAGGUUAUGUCAUCACUCCAUAUAAUGAGUAUCCACCACUGCUUGGCUUGCUCUUGAAAUUGUUGAAUGGUGAGCUAGCAUGGUCUACCAGGCGUGAAGUUAUGAAGGUUCUUGGUAUAAUGGGUGCUUUAGAUCCCCACAUGCAUAAGCGCAACCAGCUAAGCUUGCCAGGGUCAUACGGCGAGGUUACCCAUGCAGCCAGUGAUGCAGGUCAACACAUCCGGUCCAUGGAUGAAGUUCCUAUGGAACUGUGGCCAUCUUUUGCAACUUCGGAAGAUUAUUAUUCCACGGUUGCUAUCAGCUCACUCAUGCGGAUUCUUAGGGAUCCUUCUUUGUCUAGUUACCACCAAAAAGUUGUUGGAUCUCUCAUGUUCAUAUUCAAGUCAAUGGGUCUUGGCUGCGUUCCAUACUUGCCAAAGGUUUUGCCUGAUCUCUUUCACACUGUUCGUACAUGUGAAGAUGGUCUAAAGGAAUUCAUAACAUGGAAGCUUGGGACUCUGGUUUCAAUUGUGCGUCAGCACAUUCGUAAAUAUCUGCCAGCAUUGCUCUCUUUAAUAUCUGAAUUAUGGUCAUCCUUCAGUUUUCCAGCAGCUAACCGUCCUGUGCAUGGAUCUCCGAUUCUUCAUCUAGUGGAACAACUUUGCUUGGCACUCAAUGAUGAAUUUAGAACAUAUCUUCCUGAUAUCCUACCAUGCUGUAUUCAAGUCCUGACUGAUGCUGAACGGUUUAAUGACUACACUUAUGUCCUUGAUAUUCUGCACACCCUUGAAGUGUUUGGUGGUACGUUGGACGAACACAUGCAUCUACUUCUUCCUGCACUCAUUCGAUUGUUUAAAGUGGAUGCUUCAGUAGAUAUAAGAUGUGCUGCUAUCAAGACACUGACUAGAUUAAUCCCUCGUGUGCAGGUUACUGGUCACAUAUCAGCUCUCGUGCACCAUUUGAAGCUUGUCUUGGAUGGUUUUCCAGCAGCUAACCGUCCUGUGCAUGGAUCUCCGAUUCUUCAUCUAGUGGAACAACUUUGCUUGGCACUCAAUGAUGAAUUUAGAACAUAUCUUCCUGAUAUCCUACCAUGCUGUAUUCAAGUCCUGACUGAUGCUGAACGGUUUAAUGACUACACUUAUGUCCUUGAUAUUCUGCACACCCUUGAAGUGUUUGGUGGUACGUUGGACGAACACAUGCAUCUACUUCUUCCUGCACUCAUUCGAUUGUUUAAAGUGGAUGCUUCAGUAGAUAUAAGAUGUGCUGCUAUCAAGACACUGACUAGAUUAAUCCCUCGUGUGCAGGUUACUGGUCACAUAUCAGCUCUCGUGCACCAUUUGAAGCUUGUCUUGGAUGGUAAAAACGAUGAGCUUCGGAAGGAUGCUGUUGAUGCACUUUGCUGUCUUGCUCAUGCCCUUGGGGAGGACUUCACGAUUUUCAUCCCUUCAAUUCGCAAGCUUUUGCUGAAGUAUCACUUGCAGCACAAGGAAUUUGAAGAAAUUGAAGGGCGCUCCCAAAGACAUGAACCACUAAUCCUGGCUAGCACAACUGCCCAAAGAUUAAGUCGACAGCUUCAUGUUGAGGUAAUCAGUGAUCCUCUAAGUGAUGUGGAGAAUGACGAUGGGAUUGAUGUUCACAGGCAGUUUAGAAAUCAUCAGUUCUCAGGAGUGUACAUGGUUUCUUCAAAUGGACAUGGUUUCUUCAAAUGUAACACUUCUGGCAACACACCUGCCUAUGUGUUUUUCACCUGUGAUCUAGAACUUCAAGGGUUUCGGGAGGCACAACAACAGGGUGACUCUUCGAAUUGUGCGAUCCGUGCUAUUGUGUUGCCUGAGGAUAAAAAUCAUGCUGCAUUAGUAUGCCAGAGCCUGGAUUAUGUCGGGGUUGUCUUUGCAAGGAAGGUUAAUGAUGCUAAAUUACGUGCUUCUUGCGAGGCCUCUCAGCGCAGUACAAAAGAAGAUUGGGCAGAAUGGAUGCGGCAUUGUAGCAUUGAACUCUUAAAGGAAUCACCUUCUCCAGCUUUACGGACCUGUGCUAGGCUUGCACAGUUGCAGCCUUUUGUUGGACGGGAGUUGUUUGCCGCUGGUUUUGUUAGCUGUUGGUCGAAACUGAGUGAGGCGAGCCAAAGGCAUGUAGUUCGGAGUUUAGAGAUGGCAUUUUCUGCUCCAAACAUUACUCCUGAGAUUCUUGCGACGCUUCUUAACCUGUCCAUGAUAUUCACAUUUGGAGGAAAUUAUCCUCCAUUCAAGGAGCAAAGGGAAGUCACUUUGGGUCCAAAGUCCUGUUUGUGUUACGAAGUAUAUCAUAUUGAGUCGAGGACUUCUAUGCUUGAUGGAGGUCUUGUAUUUUUUGAGGAUGGUGUUGUUAGUAGAUAUUGA